AUGCAGAGAGCCCAGAAACACCAGGUUCCCGGUUCAACUCCAGGCAUAAUAUUACACUAUCAGAUCAGUUACAGCUCUGAAAAUCCAAUAUUGAAUAACAAAGUAGAGUUUCCAUAUGUCUACCGAAUAAUCUCCAAUGAAUUAUCAGAAGUUGAUGCUAUAAUGAGCAUGUUUAAGUAUUUUGGCUGGAAUUGGGUUGGACUUAUUGUAUCAGAUGAUGACUAUGGUUACAGGGCAAGGAAUGAAUCAUUUGAUGAUAUAGAUCUGGUAGCCUAUGAAACAUUUGAUUUCAGAAUAUCUUAUCGGAUUUACACCGCAGUUUACACAAUGGCUCACGCUCUCCAUGAACUGUACGGCACAAUGACAAGUCUCCCUAAAUCAGCAGAGAGUCUACAUGUUUAUUUUAAGCAGUGGCAGCUAAAUGCAUUGAUGCGGCGUGUGAAAUUCAGAACAACUUCUGGAGAUGAAAUAAACUUUGAAAACAAUGGAGACCAACCAGUCCGUUAUGAUAUCCUGAAAUACUACUUCUUUAGAUUAGGAUUAAAAAUCAUAAAGGUUGGAAGUUUUGAUGCAUCCAAGUCUGAUGGGAAUCAAUUAUUUUUCAACAACAGCACCAGUCUCUGGGAACCCUAUUUUUCAGAGUUUGUCUAUUCUAAUUGUAGUGAGCCCUGUAUACCAGGGUACAGAAAAGCUAAAAUAGAAGGAAAACCAAGUUGCUGUUAUACCUGUGUACAGUGUGCUGAUGGGGAAAUGUCUAACAUAACAGAUGCUCAAAAUUGCAUGAAAUGCUCUAAAUAUGAAAAGUCAAAUUCUGGAAGAAACAGCUGCAUCCCAAGGAAUUUAAAUUAUCUUUCCUAUGAAGACCAACUGGGAGCUACUUUAUCCUUCAUCUCCAUAAUAUUAUCCAUCAUGUGUGCUGUAAUCCUGGGAAUCUUUAGAAAGUAUCGUGAGACUCCUAUAGUGAGAGCCAACAACCAAUAUCUCAGUUGUCUCCUCCUCAUCUCUCUCAUGUUGUGUUUCCUUUCCUCUUUAUUAUUUAUUGGGCGCCCCACACAGAUAUGUUGUAUCCUUCAACAAGUGAUCUUUGGGAUUGUGUUUACUAUUUCUCUUUCAUCUUUGUUGGCUAAAACUCUCACAGUUAUUAUUGCCUUCAAUGCCACAAAGCCUGGGAGCAAGCUGAAGAAGUAUGUAGGAACCCAACUGUCCAUCAUACUAAUCAUUGUAUGUUCUUUAGGUGAGACUGUGAUUUCUGCUGUGUGGUUGGCCUGCAAUCCCCCAUUUGCAGAGGCUGAUACUCUUUCUGAUCCAGACUAUAUUUUUCUGUUCUGUUAUGAGGGGUCUGGCAUCCUUUUCUUCUGUAUAAUUGGUUAUAUGGGAACCUUGGCCCUACUGAGUUUCAUUGUUGCAUUUCUAGCCAAGGAUUUCCCUGACCGAUUUAAUGAGGCUAAAAACAUCACUUUCAGUAUGUUGGUGUUCUGUAGCGUGUGGGUGACAUUUGUCCCUGCAUACCUGAGCAGUAAGGGGAGUAGAAUGGUGGCAGUUGAGAUAUUUGCCAUUUUAUCUUCCAGUGCUGGAUUGUUAGGCUGUAUAUUCAUUCCCAAAUGUUAUAUCAUAUUUCUAAGGCCUGAGAGGAAUAAAAUAAAGAAACAUCGCUACAAAAUGGAAUGUGAUUUUCAACAUUUCAUUUUUUUUUUUGUUGAAAAACAUUCCUGA